CUAAAGAUGGAAACAGAGAAGCUUCCAGCAAUGGAUAAUAACACCUUACUAUCUGAAACUUUCUUGAACACAACACAGUUUGGUGGAGAAGAUCUGUUUUCCAUUUUAGAGAGCCUUGAAGACUUGAAUAGUCCUCCUCCUCCUCCAAGGAAGAGACAGAAGGUUACUGACGCUGAUGGAGAAGAAAGGGUAUUAUCGUCACAUAUAACUGUUGAGCGCAACCGGAGAAAGCAAAUGAAUCACCAUUUGUCUGUGUUGAGGUCACUUAUGCCCUCCUUUUAUGUCAAACGAGGAGAUCAAGCAUCAAUAAUUGGAGGUGUAGUUGAUUACAUCAACGAAUUGCAACAAGUUCUACAAUGCCUAGAGGCCAAGAAAAAUAGAAAGGUAUUUUACACGGAUAACGUACUAAGCCCAAGAUUAAUUAUUCCAAGCCCAAAAUUAGGCCCAAGAAUACUAACCCUGCCGCCCAUUAGUCCAAGAACUCCACAACCUGGAAGCCCAUGGUUGCACUCCAUUGAGCCUUCUCCUUCUUCUUCUGGAUCUGAUAAUAUGAAUGAGCUUGUUGCGAAUUCAAAGUCGAUGAUUGCUGACGUGGAGGUUAAGUUUUGCGGUCCGCAUGUAUUAGUGAAAACUGUCUCCCCGAGAAUUCCUGGGCAAGCCAUGAGGAUAGUAUCAGCGCUUCAAGACCUUGCUCUUGAGAUUCUUCAUCUCACCAUUACCACUUCUGAUGAAACCAUGCUAUACUCUUUCACUAUUAAGAUUGGGAUUGAAUGCCAACUGAGUGCGGAAGAACUAGCUCAACAUAUCCAGCAAACAUUCUGCUAAAGAUGACUUCAAACAUUUGUUCACACAUGAUCUCUUCCUCUUUUUCAUCGCUUACUCAUUUACAUGUAUGUAGGUAGUUAG